GAUAUAGGUUAUAUUUACGAAAUUGCUGUUGAAGUAAAUAAAAAAUAUCAAAUGAUUUUACAUAUUCUGAACAGUUGAAUUAAUAAAUUUAUUCAAACGAUGCCGUUAGACGAAGAGAACCUUAUAUUAGAAGAUUUUUCUACAAUUUGUAGAACUUGUCUACGUAAAUAUGAGUCCGGCAAUUUGUUUUGUUUGGACGAAUUGUAUUUACUUGAUGGUGAAGUAAAAUUAAUGGACAUGCUUUCGAAAUACACGCAAAUAGUAGAAAAUGAUAAUUAUCCACAACAAAUCUGUGCUGCUUGUUUAGUCAAAGCUCAAGGGGCAUACUCUUUUUUCGUGGAAUGUAAUGAAUCUGAACUAAUUUUAAGCCAAUUCAGUGAUAUAGAUGGUAAAAAUGAGUUCUUAGAUUUCAAUAAAACUGAUUGUGAAGUUGUUGAAGACCUAAAUGAACAAGAAGAAAAUUUAGAAAUCAUUAAAGUAAUCAAUGAUGAUAAUCAGGAAGACAUGGAAAUUCAACUUUUUUUUGAUAAAGACAAAAAUGGUGAUUUUGAUGAAAUAGAAAUAACUGACAGUAGUGAUGAAAAAUUUACCAUUGAUCAUGUGGCUAGUUUGAAUACAAAUAAUUAUUAUUCACUUGAAAAAUGUAAAUUUUGCAAUAUGGAAUUAGAAAUAGAGCAAGUAAAGAAACAUCAAAUGCAAUUUGGUCAUUAUGAUGAGAGUGAAACCAUUAUGUGUCCUCACUGUAAUAUUUCUACACGGAAUGUUACUAGUAUGAAACAGCAUCUAAGAUCAUGCCAUAGCAAUCGAAGAGAAUCAAAAAAAUAUGUCUGUGAUAUAUGUUCUAAAGAGUUCAAAUGGAGUAAAAAUUAUGAAGAACAUUUGAAAAGUCACAACUCCAACCCAGAUGAAAAUAUAAUGUGUCCAGAAUGUGGCAUACUACUGAGUACUGUGACUGCACUUCAAAUACAUAAAAGCAAAGAACAUGUUCCAACUUUGAAUAUGAUUUGGACAUGUCUCCAUUGCCAAACAAUUUGUAGACAAAUAUCAGAGUAUAAGAAGCACCUGAGAGAUGUUCAUGCCGAGAAAGAUUUCCAUUGCAUUAUAUGUGGUCGAGAUUGUGAAGACAAAAGAACUCUUUACUAUCAUGAACAGUUGCAUCUGGAUGACUAUGGAAUUGAAUGUACACAAUGCCAAAAAAAGUUGUUGACAGAAGAUAAACUUAUACUCCAUCAGAGAAUUCAUAAAUAUGUUAAUAAAAAGCAUGUUUGCAGUUUCUGCAAUAAAGGAUUCAAACAGUUAGAUAAACUUGAAGCACAUGAGAGAAUACACACAGGAGAAAAACCUUACACUUGCAAGUAUUGUGGAAAAGCUUUCAAUCAUCAAAACAAUUUAAUGCAUCAUUUCCGAGUUCAUACUGGAGAUACGCCAUAUAAAUGUCUUUUCUGUGAAAAAGAAUUUUCUAAUAGUCAUUCAAUGAGAAAACAUAUGAAUAGCCAUGAAAAUAAUGCAUCAGAAUGAACUGGAUAUUUUAAAUAUAUCAAGAUCGACAUGUGGUAAUUUUUAACAUAAUAGAAUUUUUAUAUUUAUUA